AUGACUACGGGGGACCAGUCAAUGGACGAACACGAUAUAAUGGACAGAAUAGAGGAUUUGAUGUCUUCAAAAUUAGCGUCAAUGGAAGAAAGGAUUUUAAAAAGUCAGAAAGCAAUUUCUGAUACUCAAAUAAGCAAAAUUCAGCAGGAUAUUUUGCAAAAUGACAAUUACGUUUUCAAGCGGAAAAGUUGUGAAGACCAGUUAAAGUUCAACGUGAAGGUCAGCAAUGCAUUGAAGGAGACGGCCUCAAAAGUCAAUGAAAUGGACUUAUCCGGAGCGUCAGAAUGCAUUUCCGAAGGUUUGAGUUUACUUUCUAAUCGUCAGAAACUCAUUCGCAUAGCAGACUCCUCGGAGUUGGGUUGGUUAGUAGUCAAAGAAUACCAAAGCAACCCACUUGCUUCGGACUCCGAAGACGAGAAAAAGUUAGCUCGUGCUGAAGCCAGGGCCAACAGAAAAUGGAAGAGUAAACGUCCAUUUUCCGAUUUCAAGAGAUUUUCACCGUACGGUCAUACAGCGUCAGUGGAGACGCAGCCACAGAAGUCAGUCGCAGCUUGGAACAACAUCUCAACAGUCACAACCAGCAGGUCAACCCGGCCAGGUCUAUGUUUCGCAUGUGGCAAGCCAGGGCAUUGGAAAUACGAGUGUAGAAGAACAAGUGCUGACAAAACGAAUGAAAAGAUAAAAUGGAUACCCCGAGAAAAUAAUUUUGUAGCAGACGAGUUUAGUCGCAUAGGAUUGAAACGCAACAUAACAGAACAGCUACCAGAGGCCGGUUGUUACGACCAAAGUAUGGUUGACAAAUCAUCCAAGCGUACAGCAAAGACACCUACACAAAAGAAAGAUCCAGUGUCAACAGAACUCAUUGUAGAACUUUGUGAUAAAAUACAAAAUGUCAGUUGA